CGCCAGCGACACCGCCAUCGCCGACAACGCCGCCAAAAUGCAGAUCUUCGUCAAGACGCUGACGGGGAAGACGAUCACCCUCGAGGUUGAGUCGUCGGACACCAUCGACAAUGUGAAGGCGAAGAUUCAGGACAAGGAGGGCAUCCCGCCCGACCAGCAGCGCCUGAUCUUCGCGGGCAAGCAGCUUGAGGACGGUCGCACGCUCUCGGACUACAACAUCCAGAAGGAGUCGACUCUCCACUUGGUGCUCCGUCUCCGUGGCGGUAUCAUCGAGCCCUCGCUCAAGGUGCUUGCCUCCAAGUACAACUGCGACAAGCAGAUCUGCCGCAAGUGCUACGCGCGCCUCCCGCCCCGUGCCACCAACUGCCGCAAGCGGUCGUGUGGGCACUCCAGCCAGCUCCGCCCGAAGAAGAAGUUGAAAUAGUGGUUGUGCGCCAAGCACCUUCUGUUUCUUGCCCUUCGCCGCUACGUAUGCUACUACGGCUGCGCCUACGUAUGAUAUACACAUGUACAUCCCCCAUGAAGCAUGCAUUCCGCCUUCCAUGA